AAAAGACCACCAUUCAAGCUCCUUAUAACUUGAUAGUGAUAUAUAACCAUGAAAUCACAAAACCUUCAGUUAGCCAAAAAAAUUAGAAAGCAAUUAACACUUGAUGAUGACAAUCAUGUUCUCCGGGAGAGGUUCGUGGAGGAAAUAACAGCAUACAAAUUCAAGAAUCCCAACUUGUUACAUCAAGCUUUUACUCAUGGUUCCUUCCAACACUGCCCAUCUAACGAUAGAUUGGAGUAUUUAGGUGACUCUGUUCUGAAUCAGUUAAUAGCAAAGGAACAUUAUUUUGCUUAUCCUGAUCUAGAUUCUGGGAAACUCACGGAGUUGAAAAGAGCUAAUGUAGAUACCGAGAAACUUGCUAGAGUCGCCAUCAAAUACAAUUUGCAUGACUAUUUACGUCACACGAUGCAUUUAUUUAAAGGACAAGUAGAAGAAUUCAGAGCUGCUACAUUAGAGUACCCAUUGCAUUCAGCAGGUCGCAUUGACCCCCCUAAAGUUCUUGCAGAUAUAGUUGAAUCUUUGAUUGGUGCCAUCUAUAUUGAUUCCAAUUUCUCCAUGGAUACAACUUGGCAGGCGGUAAAAGAUUUGUUGCAGCCUCUAAUUACUCCAGCUACACUUGAGAUUCAGCCCAUUAAGAAAUUUAACGAGCUAUGUCAGAAGAAUCGAUUGAGGGUUAAAUAUGUUGAUUUAUGGGAGAAAACUGGAGAAAUUGAAGUUUUUGUUGAUGGAAAAUUUGUUGCGAAGGGAAAAUUUAGUGGAAAGAAAGAAAUUGCACUAAAUAGGGCUGCAUACGAUGCAUAUUACCAAGUUGUCAAAAAUUUGAGUGUGGAAAUCACUAUUGAAUGAUCAACCUUGUGAUGAAACGCAAGCUGAAAUCACCAUCAGCAAAUCCCUAAUUUCCAAUGGAAUUGUUGUAAUUUGGUAAGUCGGAACGUUUUUGACGAAUUUUUCCUCAAAAAUUUCUUACCUACAAGUCAAAUUCCAAAGAAACGUCUGUUCAUAAUUAGUGAUUUUCUGAUAGUGAAUUACUAUUUCAUAUAUUAUUAGCUGUACUAAUGGAAUAUUGUAUCAAUUAAAUAAUAAAAUGCCUCAAGUGUGGAUAAUAUUCUAUUGUUUA